CCGUCAGACCCAAGAGCAGAGAACUCAGAGGAAUGUGAUAAAUGUACCUGCAGAGAAACGCACAGAAAAUGGCGUUGGAAAUCCACGUGUAGAACUUACCCUCUCCGAGCUCCAAGAUAUGGCAGCUAGGCAACAACAGCAAAUUGAAAAUCAGCAGCAAAUGUUGGUUGCCAAGGAGCAGCGUUUACAUUUCCUAAAGCAGCAGGAACGCCGCCAGCAGCAGUCUAUUUCUGAGAAUGAGAAGCUUCAGAAAUUGAAAGAACGAGUCGAAGCCCAGGAAAAUAAGCUGAAGAAAAUUCGUGCCAUGAGAGGACAAGUAGACUACAGCAAAAUUAUGAACGGCAAUCUGUCUGCUGAAAUAGAAAGGUUCAGCGCCAUGUUCCAGGAAAAGAAGCAAGAAGUACAGACUGCGAUUUUACGAGUUGAUCAGCUCAGUCAGCAACUGGAAGAUUUAAAGAGAGGCAAGCUGAGCGGGCUGCAGUCGUACAGUGGCAAGCUGGCGGGGCCGGCAGCGGCAGAGUUGAAGAGACUGUGCCAGGAGCUACAGAUUCGUAACCAGCUUAACCAGGAACAGACUUCAAAGCUCCAGCAGCAGAAGGAACUCUUGAAUAAACGCAACAUGGAGGUGGCCGUGAUGGACAAGCGGAUCAAUGAGCUGCGUGAACGUCUCUAUGGGAAGAAAAUUCAGCUGAGCCGUGUGAAUGGCACGUCGUCCCCGCAGUCGCCGCUGAGCACCCCUGGCAGGGUUGCUGCGGUGGGGCCUUACAUCCAGGUGCCCAGCGCUGGCAGCUACUCUGUCCCAGGGGACCCCAUAAAGCCCCAGUCUCUUACUAUUGCCUCAAGUGCUGCCCAUGGAAGAUCCAAAUCUGUGGCAGGUAAUUAGCACAGCCAGUCCUCUUCUGCUGACUUCACUUCAAACACUUCCUGGGCCGAGGACAUCUCCCCUCUUCUCUGUGGGUGUGUGCUGGGCCGCCUCACAGGGGUCGCUGGGAGAAGACACCCUUACAGGACCCGGAGAAUGUGUCCCGCAGAAGUUCAACUGCAGCCUAGGUCUUUCCACCACCAUGCAAGGUGACUGGACACAAGCAAGCUGUGCCCCCCACACUGGGGGCAGAAUCUUGGCCCCGGCGUGGAGCUGGGAGGAGAAAUCUCCCCGUGGGGACUCUGACUUACACUGUCGACUGUCCUUCUGGUUCCGUGUCACACAGAUGGCCGUGGGAAGCCCAAAAUGACCAGCUUGUGGACAGUGUCAGACCUUGACAUCGGGCCUGACUGCAGCUCCUCAGGGCGCUCUGCAAACCCGUUUGCAAACCGUAUGUUGGCUGGCAGGCCCGGUGGGGCGCUCUGGCCCUCUCUGAUACUGCUAACCCAGCAAUCAUUUGUUUUCCAAACUGACAAAGGUCUGCUCAUCCCAUCUAGGCUUGAAAAAAAUGCCACACUUCCUUCAACAGACAGGUGUGAAGUUUGGGCUGGGCCACACACACCAGCUCCUCCUCAGGAAGGGUUUGACAGAUGCCGGCACAGCAAGGGGUUUUUGGUUUCGUUUUUGAGAAAUUAAGAUGAUUUUCUGAGUUCAUUAAAGACUUUAGAUUUAGCUCCUAUACAAGAACCUCCCAUCAUACUUGAAGAUUACUGUCCCUUUAUAAUUCUUUUUUUUUUUUUAAAGAUUUUAUUUAUUUGAGAGAGAGAGAAUGAGAGACA